AUGAAAGCCCGAAAGGCCAGGGAGAGGGGCAAGAACAAGCGAGGGACCCCGGGGGACGCCGCCGAGCCGGACGGUCCGGCCGACGAAGCCGGCCUCCUCCGCCUCCCGCCCCGCAAGAAGGCCCGCGUCUCCCCGCUGGGCCCGGGGAGCGGGCCGGAGGAGCCGGAGGCGGCGGACCACCCCAGGAGGCCCCCGCGGCCCCGGUCCAUCCAGAAGUCCUGGUUCGAGCAGUUUCCGUGGCUGCUGGCCAACACGGAGCAGACGGCGCUGUUCUGCUCGGCCUGCAGGGAGUACCCGGCCGUGAGGGACAAGCGCUCCCGUCUCAUCGUGGGCUACACCGGCCCCUUCAAGGUGGAGACCCUCAAGUACCACGCCAAGAGCAAGGCCCACAAGUUCUGCGUCAGUGCCCUGGCCGCCCGAGACCCCGUGUGGGCCGCCCGCUUCCGGGGGGUCCGGGACCUGGCCGGCGACCCCGUGCUCAGCCCGGAAUAUCUGUUCGCUGCCGACUACCCCCCGGGACCCGACCUCGACUGCCCCGCCGGGCUUCUGCAGAGCUCCCGCUCCGAGCCGGGGGACCCCCGUACAGACGGCCUGGAGUCCCCGCUCUUCCUGGACGGUGUGGCUGACCUGUGCCCCCAGGAUGCCUUGGCGGACUUCCACGACCCCUCGACCCUGAGCGUCCUGUUUGACGACCCCGCCGAGCCCUUCGGCCAGGGGCCGUCGGAGGAGGGGCCGUCGGAGGACGUGCCGGUGGUGUUCGCGGAGCUGCCGGUGACGUUCGAGGACGUGGCGGUGUACUUCACGAGGGAGGAGUGGGGGAUGCUGGACAAGCGGCAGAAGGAGAUCUACCGGGAUGUGAUGCGGGUCAAUUACGAGCUGCUGGCCUCGCUGGGGCCCGCCGCGGCUAAGCCGGAUCUGAUCUCCAAGCUGGAGCGCAGGGCCGCGCCCUGGAUCAAGGAUCCAAAUGGCCCCAAAUGGGGGAAAGGCCGCCCGCCAGGGAAGAAGAAGAAGAUGGCGGCGGCCAACGCGGCCAAAGAGGCGGCCAAGCCGGGGGCCGCCGAGGAAGCCCGGCCUCCUCCGCCCUUGCCGGAGGAGGCCGGAGCUUCCCUCCCGCCCCCAGGGAGCGCCGACCCGGAAGGCGACGGGCCGGGGCGGGUCAAGAAGACGUACCGGCCCCGCUCGAUCCAGAAGUCGUGGUUCGGCCAGUUCUCGUGGCUGAUCACGGACCCGGAGGAGACCACGCUGUUCUGCUCGGUCUGCAAGGAGCGUCCGUCCCUCCACGACAAGUCAUCCCGGCUGGUCAAGGGCUACAAGGGGCCUUUCAAGGUGGAGACGCUCAAGUACCACGAGGUCAGCAAGGCCCACAGGCUGUGCGUCAACACGGCCGAGGCCCGGGAGGCGGCCCCGCGCGCCGCCCCGGCCCCGGCCGCCCCCGAGAUCUCCAGCGACCUGAUGGCCAACAUGGAGCACUUCUUCAACGCGGCCUACUCGAUCGCCUACCACUCGCGCCCGCUGAACGACUUCGAGAAGGUCCUGCAGCUGCUGCAGAGCACGGGCACCAUGAUCCUGGGCAAGUACCGGAACCGCACGGCCUGCACGCAGUUCAUCAAGUACAUCUCGGAGACGCUGAAGCGGGAGAUCCUGGCGGACGUGCGCCGCUCGCCCUGCGCCAGCCUGCUGCUGGACAGCGCCACGGACGCCUCGGACCAGUCCUGCGUGGGCAUCUACAUCCGCUACCUGAAGGAGAUGGAGGUGAAGGAGUCGUACAUCACGCUGGCCCCGCUCUACAGCGAGACGGCGGACGGCUACUUCGAGACCAUCAUCUCGGCCCUGGACGAGCUGGACAUCCCCUUCCGCCGGCCCGGCUGGGUGGUGGGGCUGGGCACCGACGGCACGGCCAUGCUGAGCCGCCGGGGCGGCCUGGUGGAGAAGUUCCAGGAGCUCAUCCCCCAGCUGGUGCCCGUCCACUGCGUGGCCCACCGGCUGCACCUGGCCGUGGUGGACGCCUGCGGCGGGAUCGACCUGGUGAAGAAGUGCGACCGCCACAUCCGCACGGUCUUCAAGUUCUACCAGUCGUCCAACAAGCGGCUGAGCGAGCUGCAGGCCGGGGCCGCCCCCCUGGAGCAGGAGAUCGCCCGGCUGAAGGACCUGAACGCCGUCCGCUGGGUGGCCAGCCGGCGGCGGACCCUCAACGCCCUGGUGGGCGGCUGGCCCGCGCUGGCCCGCCACCUGCACGGCGUGGCCGAGGCCGGGGGCCAGAUCGGCCACCGGGCCAAGGGCAUGCUGAAGCUCAUGCGGAGCUUCCACUUCGUCAAGUUCUGCCACUUCCUGCUGGACUUCCUCAGCGUCUACCGGCCCGUGUCGGAGGUGUGCCAGCGGGAGAUCGUCCUGGUCACCGAGGUGAACGCCGCCCUGGAGCGGGCCCACGGGGCCCUGGAGACCCUCCUCCGCCAGCCGGGCCCCAAGGAGGAGGAGUUCAACGGCGGCUUCCUGGACGGCCGCCUGCACGGGGUCCCCCUGGACCGGGCCGACCCGGCGGAGCCGCGCUUCCGAGCCGACCGGGAGAAGGUGAUCCUCACGGGCAUCGGCUACCUGCGCCAGCGCUUCGACGCCGACCGGUCGCCCCAGCUGAAGAACGUGGAGGUGUUCGACACCAUGGCCUGGCCCGCCGGGCUGGAGCUGGCCGCCUUCGGCAACCGGGAGAUCCUGGCCCUGGCCCGGCAUUUCGAGCUCUCCCUGCCCGCGGGCUACCGCGAGGACGGCCUGCUCCAGGAGUGGCUGGGCCUCAAGGCGGCGGCCAAGAACCUGCCCUUCUCCAUGCUGGGCAAGGACGCCCUGGCCCGGCAUGACCGCUUCCCCCUGCUCAGCCGCCUCAUGGCCGCCGUGCUCUGCCUGCCCAUCUCCACCUCCUGCUGCGAGCGGGGCUUCAGCGCCAUGAACCGCAUCAAGACGGACGAGCGGACCAAGCUGUCCAACGAGGUCAUCAACAUGCUCAUGAUGACGGCCGUCAACGGGGUGGCCGUCACCGAGUACGACCCGCAGCCCGCCAUCCAACACUGGUACCUCACCUCGUCCGGCCGCCGCUUCAGCCACGUCUACACCUGCGCCCAGGGGGCUCCUCGGCCCGGCCCCGCAGAUGCCGAGAGCAGGAAUGCCAGGAAGGACGAUGCCCUGUACACGGAGGCGGCAGGAGCUCCAGAGCUGGACCCGUCGUCCCCGCCGGGGGAAGCUGAGGAGGUGCUGACGGACCACCUGAUCGACUCAGCCGGGAGACUCGCCCCGGCCCUGCCAGCCGCCCGGCCCUGGGAUGGUUGCCUCGGGGCCCGGGGCCUGGAGGGGCAGGUCAACUGAGGGGGAACCGAGUGCCCCUGUGGGGCCGAGCCGAUUCCAAGAGGUGACGCCGGAUCGAGUUUACCCCGAGGAGGGUCUGUGAUUUCUCAGGAGGAUCCCGACGGGAAAGGGGCCAUAGACGGGCAACGGUGGGGGAUGGGACGUGCACGUUGAUCUGUGUGUCCAUGAAUAGGUGCCCGCCACCCGGGAUGGUGGUGGAGAGGAUGGCCUCCGGACCCGGGCUUUUUUCCCAAGUGCCCGAGCAGCUCUGCUCUAGGGGUAGCCCCUCCUGGGCGCAGGGGAUGGAAUCCAAUUCUCCUCCAGCCCUAGAGAACCCCACCACCACCAUCACCACCUCCAGGACUUGCCCCAGGCACCGGGGGGCCAGAAGCAUCGAGCACAAGAAAACUUGCGAAGGGGAAAGACUGCUGGGGGCCCCGGGGGAAACCCCAUACCCCGGAGACGGUCAAAGGACAGCAGUGAGGCCCCUAGAGGUGCGGUGGGAGGGACGGUGUCCUAGACGCCUUCUCCCCAAGGUGCUCAGGACCACCCCCCUCUUGGAGAGUCAGGAUUCGCACCUCAGCCAGUUGGACUCCCUUAGCGGACUAUGCAGUGGUCAGGGGCCUGCAGGGAAGUAUUCUUGGGCCACCAAGGUCACCCCGCGCCCCUGAGUCGACAGGACAGAGAGGCAGCUUCCUUGCUUUGCCCCCUGCCCCCUGGCCUCCUUCUCCUAGGAGACAAGUAUG